UAUUAUCCACAGGUCUGGUAUCACAGCAAUUGCAAUAAUAAGGGCAGAGGUUGCUUCAAUACAAACCUCACUGAUUUUGGUGGUUGUUGUAUUUGGUACGAUGAGAACGGCUUACUCGGGGACAUUGAAUCUCAUCUGAAAAUAACAAUCGAACAAACAACCCCCAAAAUGGAAAUCCCCGUUGAUGAGUUUGAUGGGAAGGUUGUAUACGGCAGCAAGAGAUCAAAGUCCAACAUCUCCAAAUACAAGGAUCACACUGACAUACUGGCACCUAGUGUAAAGGAACUACAAGCGUUAGAGCGAUCUACACAAACCUCAUUUUUACAAAUGAGGAUGAAUAUGUCAAGAAUAUUAAAAGGAAAAUCAUAAUGUGUUGCAUUCGUGGUUUAGUUAUUUUUGAAGCUAAUUAGAGUGAAAUAUUUUUCAAUUUUUUUGGAAAUAUUAAAAAGUUGGCGAUUGUUUUGGUUUUGCUGCAUUCGUGUCUUAGUUAAUAUUAACUAAUUUUGAAUUGGUAACAUUUUUUUAGAAACAUUCUUGUUUAAAUUCUUAUAAGUUAGCAAUUGUGUAUGAAGGAUAUAAGUGUGAAACAUGGGGUGGAGUUUGCACCCAACACCCUGUACUUUAUCUCAUGGUGUGGAGUUUACACCCAAUUCAAUGGUCAAUACCAUUUACAUUUGUUUAACUUUCAUUCUAUUAACAAUUGUAAUGAAUCCAUCAUUUCAAUGUUUGCUGUGUAAACAGAACAUCCGCGUAACCCCUUUCUUCCUAAAUGGCAAAUAUUUGCCUUUUUCUUUGUUUGCUCUGCCACCUAACUCUUGCAGUUGCAUAAGUGAUGUGAUCGCUGUUGUUGUUCUGUAUGGUGUAGGCUAGCUAGUUUAUAAGUAGCAGAUUCAUAAGCGUGGGUAUUGUAAAACUAUCCUAGAUUUUUUGGUGCUAACUAAUUUACUAGAUAAAUAAUAGCAAGCAAUUCAGUUGUUCAUGUUAUAUAUCUGUUCUAAAAAUUAUUCUUUAAAUAAUAAAUAAAACUCUUUUUUUUAAUUUUGUUAAAAUAUCAUUUGCCUUUGGUUGUUCUAUUUAGCAUGAGCCUGGGGUUUGGGCCAGAGUUGGCUGAUGAACCAAAUGUUCUAUUCUAUAUGGGUGUUGGGUUCUGUAUUAUUAUCAUCCUCCCCUUUGUAUGUUGCCACCAUUUUCUGUUACCUAAUACUGUUCAAAAUAAUUUCUUUUUUUCAAGAAAACUACAUUUUUUACUUUAAAUCGUACUAGAAGUAAACGAUGUAUCUUACUAGUACAACAAUAUAUUAUCUCUAUCUUAUUUGCAAUUGCAAUAAUUCUGUUAUUCGAAGAAUAUUAUUUUCUGGUGAAACUGAUGUUACACUGUUUCUAUUUCAGAUGUUUUUUAUUUAAAAUUUUGAUCUAAGAUUUGUGGUGAAAAUGAACGUGAAGGAAUAUUUGCAGCGGAUCAAUUACUCGGGAGAUGUUGCCCCAACAUCCUCCAACCUCAGGAAGAUCUGUGUCGCUCAUAUGCUCGCUGUUCCUUAUGAAAACCUGGAUGUCUUCGGAGGCCCCCCGAUUACUAUUGAUCUGCCUAAACUGUUUGAAAAAAUUGUGAAGCAACGACGGGGCGGGUUCAACUUUGAGUUAAACCGAAUGUUUUGUUGGCUGUUACAAAAUCUUGGCUAUCAGGUUUCUUUGUACAAAGCUGACGUUUAUAACAUGAAGCUUGAUGCGUUCACUUACACACAACCUGCUUUAGUGGUGACAGUGGACGACGGCAGCAAAUAUUUCACCGAUAUUGCAUUUACAUGCGGUACUAGCUUAACGGAACCUCUUAACUUUGAAUACCUAACUGAACAAGCUCAAAAACUUGGGGUUUUCAGGUUACGAGAAUGCGGUAAAACAUCUUUCUACUUUGAGUUGAAAUGGUUCCAUGUAGUAGAUUCCACAGGCGAGGUAAACCCGGCAACGGACAUCGAGUUUUGCUUCGGUGAAAGUAAAUACAGAAGCAAGGGUUGGAUAAUACUUUAUAAGGUUUCUAUGGAUCGGCAAUGCACGUGGGACGAACUGGUUCCCGAAUUAGAAAGAUUUCUGAAUAAUAAUGAGAAGUGGAUGACACGGAACACGAUUUGCGCGAUUAAUAGAGGUUCAUCCGUAACUGUGUUAUGGGGGAAGUAUCUGAUACAAAAGUACAUACGUGAGGACCAGCAGAGGGGCGAUAACUUGACAGUUUCGCGAACUUUUAUGGAACUUUCGGAUUUCCCGGCGAUAUUGGAAAUAAUUCGCUGUGUAUUCGGGAUGAAAAGUUUCACCCAAGAGUUCACUCCGAUUGCAGAGGACAUCACAACAAGGCCUAUUGUGAUUUAUUGAUCAAUAAACUUAUUUAUUCUCGCGUAGCGGGGUAACGACAAUCAUUAUAACAUGGGUGUUCAGUUUCAUACACCUCGUACCCGCUUACAAGUUACCACGAAUAUAACUUGUUGUCCUCGUAUGGAGGGCAACAACAGCCAAUAUUAUAACACGAGUGUUCAGUUUUCUACAUCUCAUGUUUACGAGUUACCACUUUGUAACUUAUUUAUCCUCCUGUGGCUGGGCAACGACAGUCAAUGACAAUGUCUUUUCUAAAAACACAAACCAACAAUUGUGGCAACAUUGGGCCUUGAACCCGUAACCUCUGGCAGAAAGACAAACGCUCAAAAUACUCAGCUGAAUAAUGUCUUUUUUCUAAUCACCUAUUCCCUUCAUUGUUUUGUUCAAGUAGUUUUUGUAUAUUGAUAAACGUAUUUUAACAAAUGGGAUUUUACAAAUCUAGGCACUGGUGGGGGAAACAUCAUAAAAUGUUGUACUUCAAUCUGAAUAAACUUUUCAAUAUAGAUUGUGAAAAGUGAACCAAACAAGCUGUUGAAAUAUGAUAUUGGAUAUUCAUUUGUUGAAACAUCUGUUUAUAUGUAUUAUGUUAUAACUUACAAGUGAAUAUUAUAUAUUCCAUAUGGUUGUCCCACUGCAUGGCACAUCAUGGGACCUGAGAUUUAUCCCAGAGUUGGCCCAGAUUAUCACAUAAGUGAAAUCAAAUGUACAAAAUCACCUUGUUCACCAUUGACACAUAAUGUUCCCACAGACCUCAUAACUUUGUAAUUUCUUCAAACCAAUUUCCACAACUGCAACAAAAAAGAGCUUUAAAAACCUUUGAAAUUACUUUCUUUUAUUAUUAAUGAACUAAGCUGAAGUAAAACACUGUACAUGGGCUAUGUGUAUUUUAAGUUUGUGUUUUUAUUAAUUAAGUUUUUAUAUGUUGCUUACUGUGUAUCAAUAUGCAUUUGAAGUUCUCUGUCAAA